AUGUCGCAACAACCAAUACAGCCGCCGUUCGCCGCCCCCGAGGACGAUGCCGCCAUCACCCAUCUCGUCCACAAUCUCGUCGAGGAGGCUGUCCGAUCUGUCGAGGACGUUCCAAUGCCGUUUACGCCGCGAGCCCCCACUCAAUGGCCUGUCGAGGAAUUGGCCGUGCGAGAAGCCAUACGACACUCCCUCAGUCCCGACAACGUCAAGGAGCUUGUCGAUUUCUCCGCCUUGAUGUACGUCGAAGAGCCCGAUGAUAACCUCGUCUGUCCCAUCUGCAAACUCCCCGUCAUCACCCCGGUCAUCACGCCCUGCGACCACACCUUCUGCCUCGAAUGCCUGAAGCGCCAUUUCUUCUCCGCCGACACCUGCCCCGUCGACCGGACCAGGUUCCGAGCCAAGGACUGCAAGACGUCGAGGCUCUUGACAAACAUGCUCGACAGCCUCGUCGUCAACUGCCCCAAUGCCGAGAGGGGAUGCGACGAGACGAUGAAACGCGAGGAGGUGGUCAGGCACGCGAUGGGCUGUCGCUACACGUUGCAAGACUGUCCGGAAAAGACGUGCGAUAGGAGGGUGGAGCAGUGGAUAGCGGCCUCCGAAAAAUGCUGGCACUUUGAGCAGGCGUGCGAGUACUGCGAGGAGAAGAUGGAGGCGGCGUCCAUGGCGGACCACGUCAUCAGAGAUUGCCCGAAGAAUACCACGGCCUGCGCCGACUGCGGGGAGAAGAUCAGGGUGUCGGAAUUGAAGCAGCAUCUCGCAGAUCAGUGCCCCGAGGCGACUGCCGCGUGCAAAUACGGCGACUACGGCUGCAACCACGAGGCGAUUCGCAAAACACUUGCUGCUCACGAGGAUGAAUGCAUCUACAAGGUUGUCGCUGUCGUCGGAGAAAAGGUCAGGAAUCAAGAGAAGCAGAUUGAAAAACUCCAGAAAGUGAAGGAGGAACAAGAGCGACAGAUUCUGGAACUCAAGGAUGAGAGGCGGGACUGCAUGUCGUGGGACGACGUGUUUAACCUGAACAACGUCCAGGGCGGGCCCAAGUUAAAACCUACCGAAGCAGUCAUGAGCAUCUACGAAGACAUGGAGCGUCGGAUGGAAGAACUUAGAAAGGACUUCACCGAUCUCGAGGGUCGACAGACGGUCAUGGUACUGAACCACGUCAUACCUAUCAAAGAAAAUAUGUCGGAACUCAGAAGCACCUUGGGGAUACUCAAGAUGCACAUGGCUUGGCUUAUGAAUAAGAGCCGGGAGGAGGUUGAGCGCAGUCGGCUGGCAAACCGGACUGCCAGCGGGACGAGUCGCACGAGAGGCAGUUCGGACAGCGACGGAGAGGCGUCGUCGUCGUCGAGGAGGUUGAGUGACGGGUCGAACGGUAUACCCCGCCUGUAG